GCAAGAUGUCAGCUGGUCAACUACCGUAUCAGUCUCUGUUCGUGAAUCUUCGGAAACAUUUGACGUAACAGUAUUGGUGGUUGCUGUUCCGAAGACUCACGAACUCGUAUUUGAUGUCGAGGUUCCAUACGAUGAGAAAGUCUUGAUAUUUUGCAUCUUCGAUUUUUGACAACAUAAACCAAAACAAAAAUUUAAUGACAACAACAAAGAUUACUGAAAUAAAGGGACACCAUGGAGGAAUUAAACGAUAAGUUUUAUUAUGUGUAUAGUUCUUCUAUUUCCGAAAAAGUACAAAUUAAAAUAGGAACUCUUGAGGGAAAGAGGCAAAAACCUGAAUAUGAUAAGUUGCUGGCCGACCCACUAUUGAAAUAUUCUGGAUUGUAUCAGGAGGGAUGCUCGGACUUGGUAGUGGUUUGUCAAGUUUUUGAUCAGAACCAGCCUUUGUCAUUACCAGUUACAACAUCAUAUAAAGCAUUCAGUUCUAGAUGGAAUUGGAAUGAAUGGUUGACACUACCUGUUCAAUUCAAUGAUCUGCCUAGAACAGCUCAAUUGGCUCUAACAAUAUAUGACUGCUAUGGACCCAAUCGACUUGGUCCUGUUGGUGGAACUACCAUUUCCUUGUUCAGCAAAUAUGGUCUUUUUCGACAGGUAAAUUUAUUGAGAAAGGUACUCAAAAUCUUCCAGUUUUAUUGUAAAUAGUAAAUGUAUAAAAAUAUAUACUGAUUAAUACAUUCUAAGUACCUAAUAAAAAUAUUUAGGGAAUGUUGGACUUACGGGUUUGGCCAAACAGGGAGGCAGAUGGAAGAAUGCCCACAACUACACCUGGAAAAGCUAAAGAUCAUGGAAAAAUGCAAAGAUUGUCUAAACUUGCCAAGAAACAUAGAAAUGGUCAUCUAACCAAGGUGGAUUGGUUGGAUAGGUUGACCUUUAGAGAAUUGGAACUGAUAAAUGAAAAAGAAAAACGCUCCUCAGAUUAUCUCUACUUGAUGAUUGAAUUUCCUAAGAUUUGUGUUGACAACAUCCCUCAUUACAUUGUAUAUUUUGAGCAAAAUGGUGAAGAUAUAGUUUCAUUCAGAUCUCAGACUGAUUUGGUGACAGUACCUGAUCAGGAGAUUCUCAAGGAGAAUCUGGUGGAGAGCAAGCAUCACAAACUCGCGCGUUCUUUGCGUAGCGGCCAUUGCGACAAAGAUGCCAAACCAAACGCGACCACCAGAGAUGCUCUCAAGCAAAUCGUUGCUUAUCCUUCUACGAAGCAUCUGUCGAACGAGGAACAGGAUAAUGUAUGGAAGUACCGCUUCUAUCUCAGCACGCAGAAAAAGGCUCUGGCCAAGUUUCUUAAGUGUGUCAACUGGAACCAGCACAAUGAGGUUAGACAAGCACUCCAUAUGAUGGACAUCUGGGCACCUAUGGAUGUUGAGGAUGCCCUAGAACUACUCAGUCCAAAUUUUACAUAUCCAGCUGUAAGAAGGUACGCAGUGACGAGACUUCAACAAGCUCCUGAUGAAGAAAUUAUGCUUUAUCUCUUACAACUGGUGCAAGCGUUAAAAUAUGAGAACUUUAAAACAAUUCAAGAAGGUUAUGCCAGAAUAUCACCAGGUCGAGAUUUGAAUUUUCUAGCAGAGGAAAAAGAAGCUCAACUUGAAAAGAAGGAUAGCAAGGAGAGUAAUAGCACUAUAACUAAUGAGUCUGUGUUACACAGAUCUUCCAGUUAUAACCAGGCUGAUCAGAUUGCUGCUUCUAACGUGAACAGUGUAAUCGAAACCAACCCUGAGGUAUACCCUGCUAACCCUGCAGGAGAUGCUGCGCCUCCAUCAUUACCUCCUCUCAUCAACCUCUGCACUGAUAGUGGCAACACUGAUACUUUGCGGAGCCACAUGAAUGAGGAAGAGGAUGAUGUACAGGAUUUAGCAUCGUUCUUGAUACAUCGUGCCUGCAAAAAUUCCACUCUUGCCAACUACUUCUAUUGGUAUUUGCUGAUAGAAUGCGAAGAUCAAGAACCAAAUAUGAAACAAAACGUUGAAGUGCGUGAUAUGUAUUUAACAGUUAUGAAAACGUUUUCACAGACGUUAGCGAGAGGUUCAGAGAAUAUGCAGAAAAAGAGGCAGAUUCUGACUCGUCAGCAGAAGUUCAUCGAUAAACUGGUAAAACUAAUGAGGACAGUCGCUAGAGAAAGUGGUAGUCGCAAAAAGAAGGCAGAAAAAUUACAGCAACUAUUAGCAGAUGCUGAUAUGUUCAAGUUUAAUUUUUCCAAGUUUGAUGCUAUGCCAUUUCCUCUGGAUCCUGAGGUGAUGAUAUGCGGAAUAAUCCCAGAAAAAGCAAGUCUCUUCAAAUCAGCACUAAUGCCUUCCAAGCUGUUUUUCAAAACAGCGGAAGGUAAGGAAUACGUUGCAAUCUUUAAGCUUGGCGAUGAUUUAAGACAAGACCAGCUCAUUAUGCAGAUGAUUCAGUUAAUGGACAGACUUCUCAGCAAAGAAAAUUUGGACUUGAAAUUGACACCAUACAAAGUAUUGGCCACCAGUACAAGACAUGGUUUUGUGCAGUUUAUUGAGAGUGUUACUGUAGCUGAUGUUUUGGCAACUGAAGGUAGUAUUUUGAACUACUUCCGAAAACGACAUCCACAAGAAAAUGGUCCUUAUGGAAUAGCACCUGAUAUUAUGGAUACAUAUGUGCAUUCAUGUGCCGGAUAUUGUGUUAUAACUUAUCUACUUGGUGUGGGUGACAGACAUCUGGACAACUUGUUGCUGACAGAGGACGGCAAAUUAUUCCACAUAGACUUCGGUUACAUCCUCGGACGCGAUCCAAAACCGUUACCACCUCCCAUGAAGUUGAGCAAAGAAAUGGUCGAAGCUAUGGGAGGAGUUACGUCAGAGCAUUACCAGGAGUUUAGAAAAUUGUGCUACACCGCAUUUUCGCAUUUGAGAAGGCACGCCAACCUUAUUCUGAACCUGUUCUCCCUGAUGGUCGACGCUAGCGUCCCCGAUAUUGCAUUGGAGCCUGACAAGGCUGUUCGUAAGGUGCAAGACAAGUUGCGGUUGGACUUGAGUGAGGAAGAAGCGGUGCAAUACAUACAGAAUCUUAUCGAAACAUCCGUGACAGCUGUCAUGCCUGCUCUCGUGGAGCAGCUGCAUAAGAUCACUCAAUAUAUUAGGAAAUAAAAUGCGUUCGUAUUGUUGUAUUUCUUUUAUUUUGUUGAUUUAUUUAAUUUUUUUAAAUAUACAUUUUAGUCAUACAAACA